UUGACCGAAGACCAUUCCAAGGAGCAACUGAAAGAAUGAUGGAUGACCAAGAGUGGAAAAGUAUUAUGGAGGUGAUCAACACGGACUCGGGCAAGAUGAUAAAAAAUCAAGAGCAGGUCGCUGGUGCGCCACAUAUGGUGAGCGUCAGCCAAGGUCCUGUUCGAGUGAUAAUAGGGCAAAUCUGUUACCAGUUGGUGCCUGGCGCAGUUCUCCCUCCUCCUCGUCCUUUGCCACCAAAUACAAAGAGAACGAGGAAUACAUCAGGGCCCAAGGAGGAGAGGCCCUACAUUAAGAAGCCCCCAAACGCCUUCAUGCUGUUUAUGAAGGAGCGGCGGCCUGUCGUGAAGGCCCAAUUUCAAAACAGUGACAGCGCCGCUGUGAAUAAAAUCCUGGGGCAGAAGUGGAAGUCGCUGCCGCCGGCUGAGCAGCUCCCAUUCUUCCAAGAAUCGGAGCGGCUCAGCCUGAUGCAUGCCAGCGUGCACCCGGACUGGACCUGCAGAGACAACUACGGCAGAAAGAAAAAGAGAAAGUGCGCCAGUGCAGCCACCAGUUCAAAUCAUCUGACCAUCUCUGCACCUGAGCUCGCAACUUUAUUCAACCCGAAUGAGGGGCCCGAGUUGGACUCGAUUUUGGAACCGGAAGAGUCAGAGUCGCCGUCCUCCAGCUCGGAUGCGGGGCCCGAGGCGGACCUGACCUCCGCCUUGUUCCGCCAACUGGAGGAGUUGGAGGCGGCGGAAGCAGCGGCGGCGUCGUUCUCAACUUUGUGCCGCAAAGUUGACACAGUAGCAGGAGAGAGAUCUAAAGACUGGACCAUAUUAAAUAUUUAAGGAUAGACUUUUAAUGUACAGUAUUUCCAAUGUUUUUACAACCCUAUGUAUAUAAAACUUAUGAAUUACUUCUUUUUUUCUCUAUUAAUCUUUCUAAAAAUCCAUUUUAUUAAUUAUAUUCUGUGUUUUUUACCUAAAACUUUUAUAUGAAAAUGCCAACUGUAUAUAUAUGUUUAUUGAUUAAAACAAUGACUUACAAAAA